AUGCCUGACAACAAAGAUAAUGUUAGAAAAAAUCCUCACGAAUCAGAAGUAAACUCAUUUAAAGAGUUUUUGAAGAACAUUACAAAAAUGGAAUCGCAUUAUUGUCGUAAACACACAUCCAAGCUUUAUUUGUUACCAGAAUGGUUAUCAAAGAAAGCCCUCUACGAUUUCUACAAAUCAGAUUGGUGCCCGUCGCAAAAUAUCGAACCUCUGUCAAUUGCGAAAUUCAGCAACACGUUGAAAAUUGAAAAUAUUUCAUUGUUCAAGCCGUAA